AUGACAUGCAGUCAAGCAUCAAGGAGGUAUCCAAGGGCAGGCCGCUCGAGGCGCGGAGGGCAAGGAAAUGGCUGCGCAGAUGGCAGAGACCAGCGAAAAAUGCUGCAAAUUUGCCUGGUGAGCGGUCGAUGGCAGAAGCCCGGAAGGGAGAUCCAGGAGACGCAUACAGUGCAUGAUCAGGAAAGUAGGGCGCAUCUAGUUGAUAUUCCAACAAAAGUACAACGGGUAAGGGGUGACGAACAUACUCCCAGUGUGCGUAAUGGACGCCUUUCCCCUUAUGCCCGCCCAGGUUGCAUUCCUUUCCGUCUGUCGGCAGCCGAUGCCUAA